AUGCCUAGGGGCAACAAGAGCAAGGGCCGCUCCAGGGCCAAAAGACAGCAGGCCCGAGGAGAGAGCCAGAAUCUCCAGGGUGCUAAGCCCACCUCAGAGAAGGAAGCAGCACCCCCCACUCUUGGCCAGGAAGAUGCCCCCAACUCGCCUGAUGACUGCACUCCUCAAGGGUCCCAGGAGGCUGCAUCCCAUGGGUCUCCUGAGUUAAAUGUGUCCCACUCAGUUUCUGAUGUCAAUGCUGAGGGUUCUGUUGCAGGUGUUGAUGUGAAGCGUUCAAAUGCCUGCAUUAUAGCUGAAGCCAUCAAUUCUGUACGCAGAGAUCCUCUGAGCAGGAAGGCAAGCAAGAUCCUCCACUACCUGCUGGAGAAGUACCAGAAGGAUGAGCAGCCUAUGGAGGCAGAUAUGCUGAAGCUGAUCAACAGGAAGUACAAGGUGCACUUCCCCUUGAUCCUGGAGAAAGCCACCUACCAGCUGGAGGUGGUCUAUGGGCUGGAGUUGAAGGUUGACCACACUCACUCCUACGUUCUUGUUAACAAGUUACCCAUGCCCCCUGGGGCAAAACAGGGUGGCAAGAAAGAGUUGCCAAAGACGGGUCUCAUACUGACCCUUCUGGGUAUGAUCAUGAUGAAGGGCAACCGUGCCACUGAGGAAGAGGUCUGGCAAUUCCUCCAUAUGCAGGGGAUAUAUCCUGGGAGGAGGCACUUAAUCUUUGGGGAGCCCCGGAAGUUCAUCACCAAAGAGCUAGUUGAGCAAAAUUACAUAGAGUACCGCCGGGUGCCUGGUAGUGAUCCCCCAACCUAUGAGUUCCUGUGGGGUUCCAGGGCCCACAAUGAAACCAUCAAGGCGAAAGUCCUAGAUGUUUUAGCUAAGAUCAAAAAUGCCAUUCCUGGUUUCUACCCUCAGCAGUAUGAGGAGGCUCUGAGUAACCAGGCUGAGAGAGCAGCCAGGAGAGGUGAGGCUUCUGGCCACCAUGGUGCCAGGAUUCCCUCCCAUGCCCAAUCUAGCAGCUCUUCCCACACUUAG